AUGGCCCAUUCACCGGAAUUCGACAAUGCUUACUGGCAGACCAUCCUCGAUGCAGAUACACAGGACGCAUCCGAAAGUGACCGGCUGCAUAUGCUGGGCUCCUUGCUGGUGUUCCUUAACAUACCAAUUCAUCGGCUGUUGAUGUUCCUCUUCACCUGCAAUGCCCAACCUAUCCGAAUCCGUGCUGGGCUGUUCAUGGGCUACCAUGCAUCCUCAGAGCAGCCCGAGGAUCGCUUCCGCCCACUGGGGCUCUUCAAACUCUGGCGCGACCAUUGGCCGAAGUCGAAAGUCCACCUAGAUCAGCUAAUCAUUCAGCCACACGCGGAAGACAUCGUACUGGCGGAGAGUGAUCGCAUUAUCGAAGACAAAGAACUUCAAAUCAAAUUGGGUGCACUCACCGUCGAUGGUGUGCGUGCGCUUCUACAGCCCGGGAGGAUCGCCGCGCGGCUGCGGGAGCUCGCGCCGUUCACGUUCGAUCUUCUGCACGAGUUUGCGGCAGCACCGAAUACCUAUCGCCUGCGGCAGCAGAGGGAAGCUGCCAGUGCAGCAGCAGCGGGGCCAGAUGGUACGGGAGUUGGAGGGGGCACCGAUGAAGAUGGAUGGGAGAGUGAAGGCGAGUGGGAGGAGUCCGAUCUUGCAGAUGAGGAAGCCGCAGAUGGAGAUCCACGGUUCAGCACCCAGUGGCGGAAGGAAUACCCGGGAUUUCUGCGGAAUCCAUGUUUUGCAGUGACAGUGGCAAUCACGAUGCUUGGAUUUGUUCGGAAUCGUGCCACAAACGUACUUGCAUUGCCUCUCGGAUUAUUCCUCGGCAUCUCCGGGACAAGCUCUCGAGUGCUAUCGCUCCUGAGCAACAUAGGGCUGUCAGUAUCAAUCACGACAAUCGAACGCUUGAAGGAGCAGAUAUCCCGUGACGCAUCCGAGCAUGCCAUCGAGCUACUCAAGGGCGACACCAUGUUCUGCAUCAUCCUUGAUAAUAUCGACAUUUACCUCCGAAAAUUCCAGGAAAGGAUCACCAACCGUAACGCGAUGAUUCAUGCAACAAAUGUCGCAGUCAUCGCAAUUGGAGGUCCAAGGCUCGGUCCCACAGAUGCACAGGCAAAGCUUGACCUGCGGGGUAAUCGGAUGAAGGCGACAUUCAGUGACAUCCGCCCAACAACCGAAGACAGUGAACACAUGAAUGCGGCGUUCGAGGGGCUGGUCGCAGAGAUGUUGGUUCGAUAUUUCCCUGGAAGCAACAAAUGGAAAGGCCGUCGUACGAUGCUGCAGGCGAUCGAGGGCACCAUACCAAAGGACCGCCCACUACCAGUCGAGGUGACGGACACCCGUCCUCUCGGAGUGAUUGACGUAAACUCGGGUUCAAAGAAGGGUGUCAUAGCAGCAUUGAAGGAAAUCCAGGAGAAAUCGAUGGUGCCGCAGGAGGAGUGGUCGUCAGAUCCGAGGAUCAUACAAGGCGAUUGGCUUACCGCGUCCAACAUGCGCGCCGCCCGGCGGGAACGUGUUGAUGAUGUGAAUGCGAUGGAACGGCUGGAAUACGUGGAGGAAAUCAGCGCGCUCUGGCAUUUUGCGCUGAAUGCGACUCACAUGCUCAUGCGCGUCCACUUUGGGAAUGCCAUUACCGACCACACCUCCCUCGCAAAACAUAAGGGGUUGCUCCAGCGAACAUGGGACGCGAAGAAGCCAAAUUACGCUGCGGCACAUCAGGAAAACCCUACUUUCGGAAUAACAACGAAUGAUGUAUUAUUACUGCGAAAAAUGAGUAAUUGUGGCCAUUCUCUUGUUCGCUGUAGUAGUGCUUUAUUCGCUAUGGUCCGGAGGUCGACCUACGAAUAACAGGAUAUUGUGCCGAAUACAGUCGUGUUAGGGGCAGGGUUCCUCACUAUUAUAUGAAUCAUUGUCUUUAUUCUUGAUG